UUCUCCGCACUUGUGAAGCGCGCGCUCUCAGCACGUGACCCUCAACCAAUGAACAGUCGUUUCUGGAAUCUUCUCCGCCCUCCCGGAAAGCUUGGCAGCGAGUAUAAAAGGCGAGACGCGCUCUUGAAGCGCGUCUCGCAAUUUGAAACCUGACAGCAAGAUGCCGAAGAGUGUUUGCUCUCUGCGCAAGCGACCUCACCCUUACAUGGCCGUUUGUCCACGUGGUAUUAUGAGGAAUAUCUCCGACGCAAUGGGCAUCGCCGAACAGUUUCUCAGAGAACCUUCCAUCGACGACGGCGACAUCUUCUCUCCACACACGUACCGCUGGUUCCUGGCUCCGCUAAAAGGAAUCUUGGAUGAAAAGGAAAAUGUGGAAAUGGACCAAUCCGUCGUACCCGACGGAGUUACGUCGGAAGAGUUCUCGGUCAACAUGAACGUGAGGAACUUCUCUCCGGAAGAGGUUUCUGUGAAGACUGUGGACAACUGCAUCGAGAUUCAUGCGAAGCACGAAGAGAAGUCGGAUGAUCGUGGCUACUUCCAUCGAGAGUUCACCAGACGUAUCGUCCUGCCAGAGGAUGUGGACCCAGAAUCGAUCACCUGCACGAUGUCUGCUAAGGGUUCCUUGCAGCUUCGGGCUCCACGGAGCAAAUCCAUCGAGUGCAAAGAAAGGACUGUUCCUAUUUCUGUUGAACAUGUGAAGCGAGCCGUUGAAAAUGAUCCCAAACAGAUAUCUUAAUUUUAUCACGCGAAGUUUAUAGACAUUGUAUAUAAUAUCAUCCUCAUCGUGAACGACUGUUUUAUAUUUAUGAAAUUGUUGACGUAAAUAAACGCAACACAUUUUUAA